UACUAAACAUCCUAGCAGGCAAAAGGGCGCUCCCACGGAACUCAGCGGCCCGAGGCCCCGGCUAGGCCUCCACCUCCACCAUCCCAGACCCUCCUACGUUGGCCCUUCCGGCGGCAGCUUCUGGAGCGGGUAGGAGGUGCCACGAGCCGCCCCGCCUGUGCUUAGCUUUGUUGGGCUACGUCACUUCCGCCGCGGUCCCGCCCCCAGCGUGGCCGUAACCCAGGGCAACGGCCCGGACGGCGGCGACCUGAGUCGCCCUCGCCCACUGGCCAGGACUAGCUGUCGCGAGGCCUUCCAUCCGCUCGGCCCCACAGGAAAAGACCACCAACAUUCUUUUUUAGUAGCGGAGCAUCUUGAUUCUGCCCGAAGUACACCAGGGUUCUGAAGGUGCAUCUGGUGAUCUGCAAGAAGAUGUUAAAAACUUUAAGCAACCAUCGCAGUAAUGGAUCUCUGUCAGAAAAAUGAGACUGACUUAGAAAAUGGUGAAAAUAAUGAAAUUCAAAGCACAGAAGAAACAGAACCAACCUGUACUUGUCCAGAUGGAAGAAGUGAAAAGAAUCAUGUUUAUUGUCUUCUCGAUAUCAGUGACAUUACGCUUGAACAAGAUGAAAAAGCCGAAGGGUUUAUUAUUGGAACGGGAUGGGAAGAGGCAGUCCAAGGGUGGGGAAGGACUUCUCCAGCUGCCUGCAUCUGGCCGAGGAAGUUACCAAAAAAGGCAAGGGUAGGGGAAGGUGCCUGCAGCGACUGCUUGGUGUGUGUUAACCUGGCCCACAGGAGCCUCGAGACCAAGCCUCCUACGGAGGGGGGCCCAGAGAAGGAUCAGAGCAGCCCCUCCCAGACUCAGGCAGCCCCCCAGGGCCCCAGCACUGCUUCCAGGGCGAUUAGCAACAUCUGCUUUCCCACCUGCUUUCGAACAGAGAAAAAAAGUCUGCAAAUCAAGGAGUUUAUUUGGUGCACCGAAGACUGGGCCAUCCCGGACAGUAGCAGGGGCAAGGCCCUUCGGAACCCCAGUGGAGGGGCCCACAGAGGGCUGUCCAUCUCAGGCCCCCUGACUUCCAGGGCCCUCCUAGUUCUGCCACCCCUGAAGGCUUCACUUUCAAAUGCCUUGGAUGUUCUGGGUAAGAAGAGUAAGAACUCUUUCUUGCAGUCAGAAGAGAAGGUGCUGAGUGUGGAAAAGGACGGGUGUCUGGCUUGUGCAUAUGGCUUGAAAACAGCAGAUGGGAAAGGUGAAACGAGACCCAUUGAGCUGGCCAAACACACUGUGGUCAACGACACGCCAUCCUCCCCUUCCCCAGCGGCCCGGACAUCCCUGCUGGCCGAUCUGGAGCAGUGCUGCCUGCACUGGCCCCUCCUGUCUGAGAAAAACCUGGCGUGCCCUUCAGACUCCAGUAACGUUCGCUAUCUUGCUGCCUUGCAGCUUCUGCAGAAACGGGGAGUGCAAAACUACAAAUCCAAAUUGCAAGCCAAGGACCCAAGACCUCCUGUGAUCACCCAAAAGGCCAAGCAGGAAAACAGGCCCCAGAUGCUGGAGACCAAAGUGUUCACAAGACCUCUCUUGCCAUCCCUCACACACAGGAAAAAGAAGAUAAAGUAGGAGAGGGGUCAGUUUCAUAUUCAGUCCUAAGCAGCAACAUGGUUGAGAUGUAAUCACAAAAGCAAAUGUUUCACCCAGGACAUGGAAAAGCAGUGGAUCACCAGAAAGCAAAGAGUCAAACGCCGCAAGCAGAAGCAGUAAGAAGAUGCCAAACUUGGAGCAAGGUCUCAUUUAAACCUGCCAUAGUCAUCAGCUCGCUCUGUUAGGUCUCCCCAGCCCGCCCCUCAAAAAAAGGUUAUAUGCAGAGGUAAUAUAAUAUAUGUACUUUUGAGAAUAACAAAGUCACCGUGGAGAUAAUUUCAAAACAAUUUUUUUUUCAUUUUCAGAUAUAUUGGACUAUUUCACUGAUGCUAAAAAGAGUAUCACUUGUUUAAAUUUUUUGUGGUUUCUUUUUUGCAGCCUCAUGUUCUGUAAUAGUAACUUGCUUCCAAGUAAAGUAUCAAAAGCUAAUGGAGGGGCCAUGGCUGUGGUCUCUCAUGGAUCAAACUUCACUAUUUUGGAAUGCGUGGAGUUGGAACAAAGUUUUUAUUUUGUUAUUUAUUAGUAAAGCAAUAAAUAACAUUAUUUUACUAAUAUUCAUUAGUUUUUGUUUUGUUAUUUAUUAGUAAGGCAAUAAAACAUUUAGAGUUUUUUCUGGAGUUUGUUGAAGAACCUGAAUAUUGAUAGUGUUCCAGCUCAAGUAUGGCAUAGACAGUGCGGCUUUUACUUAUUCACAUAGUUUGGGCCUUGCUCCUUUCAAGCAAGCUGAUUUUUAAACGCAGUGCCCCUGUAAACGUCAAGAACACUGACAACCUGAGAGCCAUCUCUGUUUGUUUUUUUAGCCUGCUUCUCUGAAUAUGUAAACUAAAAUAUCAAUGUAUCUACUAAUAAAUACUGUUCCAACAA